AUGAAUUCAAAAGCGCUUGACAUGUGUGUACUUCUGGUUCUUUUGAUGAUGCUUUGUCAUAGAGCCACUGCUCAAUCAGGCUGCACCAGUGCGUUAGUAGGCAUAGCCCCAUGCCUAAGUUAUGUCACAGGAAAUUCCUCAACCCCAUCAUCUUCCUGCUGCUCCCAGCUUGCUUCUGUUGUUCAAUCUCAGCCGCAGUGUCUCUGCGCAAUGCUUAAUGGUGGUGGGUCAUCACUGGGCAUUACCAUUAACCAAACCCAAGCUCUGUCACUCCCUGAAGCUUGCAAUGUGCAAACACCACCAGUUAGCCAGUGCAAUGCCAAUAAUAGUCCCGCAAUUCCACCGAUAGGUUCUCCAGUGAGUCCUCCAUCAGAUUCUUCGGAUGACACUCCAAAAACUCCAAAUACAUCAUCACUGCCAAGCAUUCCUGCAGGAAGUGGUUCUAAGACAGUUCCAACAGCAGGUGGCACUUCAGCUGCAAGCCUGGCAAGAAUGCAACUUCACCUCACCAUAUUUAUCAUUUUCAUUGCUUCAUGUAUUUCAAAUGGCAAUAGAUUCUAA